AUGUCCAAGACCAAGUCCGUUACCAAGAAGGGCUCUGAGAAGCCGGUUGACAAGACCCUUAGCAAGGUCAAGUCUGCUGGUGUGACCAAGUCCUCCCAGUCCCCCAAGGCCAAGAGCAAGCAGAUUGCUCGUGAGGUUGCCUCCAAGGAGAAGAAGGACAAGAAGAAGAAGAAGGAGCCUACUCCCAGCGAGUCUUCCGAGUCCGAGUCCGACAGCGACGAGGAGAUGGCCUCCGACUCCAGCUCCAGCAGCGAGAGUGAGGACGAGAAGCCCGCCAAGAAGACCGAGAAGAAGGGCAAGAAGGUUGAGUCCGAGUCCGAGUCUUCCGAGUCCGAGUCUGAGUCUUCCGACUCUGACAGCGAUGAGGAGAUGAACGACGCCUCUAGCAGCGAGAGCGAGGAGGAGAAGCCUGCCAAGAAGACCAAGGAGGAGCCCAAGAAGGCUGCUAAGAAGGCUGAGUCCAGCGACUCUGAGUCUGAGUCUUCAGACUCUGACUCCGAGUCCGAGGAUGAGAAGCUUGCUAAGAAGGAGACCAAGAAGGCCGAGUCCGAGUCUGAGUCUUCUGACUCCGACUCCGACUCUGAGUCUGAGGAGGAGGCCCCCAAGAAGGCCGCCAAGAAGGAGUCCAGCGAGAGCGACUCUGACUCCGACUCUGACUCUGAGAGCGAGGAGGAGACUAAGGAGAAGAAGGCCGAGAAGGAGUCUUCCGACUCUUCUGACUCUGACUCCGACUCUUCCGACUCCGACUCUGACUCUGAGUCUGAGGAGAGCGAGAAGCCCUCCAAGAAGCGUAAGGCUGAGGAGGAGACCUCCGCUACCCCCAAGAAGUCCAAGACUGAGGACCCUGCUCCUGGUGCUUCCGCCAACCUGUUCGUCGGUAACCUGUCCUGGAACGUCGAUGAGGCCUGGCUCCAGUCCGAGUUCGAGAGCUUCGGUGAGCUCUCCGGUGUUCGUAUCAUGACUGAGCGUGACACUGGCCGCUCUCGUGGUUUCGGUUACGUUGAGUACACCAACGCCGUCGAUGCCGCCAAGGCUUUCGAGGCCAAGAAGGGUGCUGAGAUCGACGGACGUGUCAUCAACCUGGACUAUGCCACUGGCCGUCCCGCCAACAAGGACCAGCAGGGUGGUUUCAAGGACCGCGCCAACGCUCGUGCCCGUUCCUUCGGUGACCAGGCCAGCCCCGAGAGUGACACCCUCUUCGUCGGAAACCUUCCCUUCGACGCCAACGAGGACUCCGUCGGCGAGCUGUUCGGUGAGAAGGGUAGCAUCCUCGGUAUCCGUCUGCCCACCGACCCCGACUCUGGCCGCCCCAAGGGUUUCGGCUACGUCCAGUACUCCUCCGUCGACGAGGCCCGCGCUGCCUUCAACGAGCUCCAGGGUGCUGACCUGCUCGGACGCCCGGUGCGUCUGGACUUCAGCACUCCCCGUGCCAACAACGGCGGCGGCGGCGGUGGUCGCGGUGGUGGCCGUGGCGGCUUCGGCGGUCGUGGCGGUGGUCGUGGCGGUUUCGGUGACCGUGGUGGCCGUGGCCGUGGUGGCUUCGGUGGCCGCGGUGGUGGUGCCCCCAACAAGGCUCGCGGUGGUAUCCCCGAGUACAAGGGCACCAAGGUCACCUUCUAA